CGUGAAUUUAUAUAAAGAGGAGUUCAUUGGUAACAAUGGUUUUAAGAAGAAAACCAAGAAUAUGGCUAUGGAUAGUUCAUCAUCAAAUAGUCUCAAAAGUCCUAUGUUGCCUUCAUCAACAUCAUUGGAGACAAACAAAUUAUGGUGGAUAAAUAAGGUAAUAGAUGUUGAAGAAGCAAAGAAUCAAAUAUUGUUCUCUUUGCCAAUGAUUGUUAUGACUAGUUGUUUCUACUUCAUCCAUCUUGUGUCUGUCAUGUUUGCUGGUCAUCUUGGCAAACUUGAACUUGCUGCCUCAAAUCUUGGUAAUUCAUGGGCUGAGGUCACUGGUCUCUCUUUGAUGGUUGGCAUAAGUGGUGGACUUGAGACAUUAUGUGGCCAAGGAUAUGGGGCAAAAAUGUACAAGAUGUUGGGGAUACAUCUUCAAAUAUCAUGCAUCAUAUCAUUCAUAUUUUCUACAAUAAUUGCUAUUAGUUGGUGGUAUUCUGAUAAAAUUCUUAUUUUACUUCAUCAAGAUCCCGACAUAGCAAAAGAAGCUGGGGUGUUCUUGAAAUUCCUCAUACCUGGAUUAUUUGCAUAUGGUUUCUUACAAAACAUUUUAGCAUUUCUUCAAACACAAUCAAUUGUCAUGCCUCUUGUUGUGUGUUCAGUGGCAUCUUUAGUUAUACACAUUGGCAUUACUUAUGGCCUUGUUCAUUGGACAAGUCUUGGUUUUAAAGGAGCACCAUUAGCAGCUUCAAUUUCGAUUUGGAUUUCCGUCCUCAUGUUGGGGGUAUACGUGCUUUUUUCGAAGAGAUUCAGUGAUAUCUGGAGGGAUGGUCUCUCGUUCGUAUCGUUUCAUCAUAUUCUUACAAAUUUGAAGUUGUCUUUACCCUCCGCUGCCAUGAUAUGUUUGGAGUACUGGGAUCAUGAGUUUUUUGUGUUAUCAGCUGGUUUGAUGCCAAACUCAGAAACAACUACUUCCCUAAUUGCAAUGAGUGUUAAUACUGAAGCUGCUGCCUUCAUGGUAUCUUAUGGUCUGAGUGCAGCUGCAAGCACUAGGGUGGCAAAUGAGUUAGGAGCUGGAAAUAUUGAGAAAGCUAAGCAUGCCAUGGUUGUUACUCUCAAGCUAUGUGUUCUUCUUGCUCUUGUUGUUGAUUUGGCUCUAUUUUUUGGUCAUAAUGCAUGGGCUGGCCUCUUUAGUGAUAAUACAGAAAUAAUAAAUGAAUUUGCCACCAUGAUGCCACUUCUCUUAGUCUCAUUUGUAUUGGAUUUCUUUCAAGGAAUUUUAUCGGGGGUGGCUAGGGGAUGUGGAUGGCAACAUUUGGUUAUGUUCAUCAACUUGGCUACAUUCUAUUUUAUUGGCAUGCCAAUAUCUUGGCUCCUUGCUUUUAAGUUCAAUCUACAUGCUCAGGGUUUAUGGAUGGGCUCAACAUGUGGUCUAGCUUGCCAAGCUUUGGGCUUAUUGCUACUAACAUUAUUGACCAAAUGGGAAAAAGUGGAAGCCUCAACAAAGAGCAAUAGAGAAAAUGAACUUUUAGCUUAAGCAUAAGUUCAUGAGAAUUACUUGCUUAUUGGGCCACUAGUGGGCUUGUUGCCAUUUUAAUUGUGGGCUUCUUAUAUGUGGCCCAACAAAAAGAGAUGAAUAAAUUUUGUUUAUUGUUUUUCGGUCAACUUGAUGAACGUAUCGAAGAGGAUUAAAUUGAAAACUUCAUAAAUUGGUCAUCACUCCAUCCACUAGAGUUAUCGCAUUAUAAUCACGUUGUUCUCUUUGAUACCAUGAUAAAGUAAGGGCAGGGGAAUGUGAAAUCAAUUUAUUA